AUGACCACAAGCCUUCCUCGGAGAGGUCCCUCUCCGUUCAAACCUGCAGCAACGACGACGACGUCACCGUCAAGGACCCCCAACCUUUCCAAUCGAAUGGAGUCGCGAACUGAGCACCGGAGGAGCACCAUCGACACCGAGAUGGCUGACGACAAAAGCACCGUUGCGUUGAUCCGCCGCGUUCUUUGUCCAGAUGUCUCCACGUUUGGAUCGAGCGCACCACGCCCGUUGCAGGAGCUUUUACCGCCAUUGACGAGUUCCAAUGAUGUGGAUCUGCAACUGUACGCUUUGAUCGCAGUUAUUAUCAAAGAGUUUGUCUAUUCAUGGUACGCAAAGAUAACGCCGGAUCAUGUAUUCGUCGAUGAGGUGUUGCAACUCGUCGCCCACUGCACUCGGGCUUUGGAACAAAGAAUCCGACAAGUAGAUAUAGGGCAACUAGUCCUGGACGAGGUCACUGGCCUCGUUGAAGCCCACAUUAUUGUUUCAGUAAAGUCGUCGACUCGCGAAGUUUACCAUAAACUAAAUCCACACCCCGGCCUUUCUCCCGUGUCCGACUCGUCAAGUACAGAACAACAAGAAAACGAACGCUUAUAUCGCCAUUUGCUUGCACAGGGCGUGUUGGCCGUACUCCUGCCAACGGAAGAUUUGGACAAUGUUUGUCUGAGGACAUUGAUCGAAGACGUAUUAUCUGAUUUAAUUCUAGGAAAUGAAGUCGGUGGAAGAACAUGUGAGAGUUGGUUUAUAUGGACCACAGUCAGCAAGGUCAUCGCCUUGACGAAACAGCGUGAUGCGGAUCCGACAUUGAGCAGUGAUAAGAGGUCAAAUACUGUCACAGAAUCAAGUCGUCUGGAACGAUUUGGUCUUCUUUCAGAAGAUGGGUUGAAAAAUGAACCCAUUCCAAGAAAGACUGAAUCCAAAAUGUUGCUAUGGGUCUGGAAAAUGCUAUAUUCGAUCUACCUGGCAUAUCUCACUAUGCACUUUCUAAUUGGAGGCUUGAUACGUACUGCUUAUUCCAACACAGAGGCGUCAACCAAAGAAACAAAUCUAGCAGACCACUUGCCAACGUCAAAAGCGUCAAUCCAGGCAGUUACGCCUCGUGCUGUGAUCAGUUACAGAGCUUUCAGUUUGGUCUCGCAAUUGGUGGGAGUUUCACGGCGAAUGCCAUGGCUGAGUGGUUCUCUCUCGUUGAUCCAGAGCUUGGCUUUGGCAGGUCCUGGCAAGCUAGGCGACGCAGGUAGCACACUUGACCGGUAA